AUGCCAAACAUUUCUACAUUUACAGUAGUGCGUACGGGACGUCCCGUGACCUCAAAUGACCCCUCGCGAUUGCAUCACAGAAAACAUGGCCGCCGCCAUGGACGAAAAAAUGUCCGAAAACGUCUCGAAUCAGUUGGACAGCCUCCAUUCUAACCUCAAGUUGGUCACAGAGCAACUGAAAGAAGGAGAGUCAAGGAGGCAACCUCAAGAUGAUUUCAACCUGCCAACUUUUUGGGAACGACUGGGUGCUACGUUCAAGGUAAUGUCCCACGAAGCCACCAAAAUGUGCCUGAUGUUCUCCAAACCACCGGUGCCAUCAGAGGAGGAGAGCAAAUCACUGAUAGAAGGAGUAGAGAAGUCAGUCCUGGCCAUGGUCUCAACUUUCUGCUCACUUCCUAAGGAUCAGGGAAUGACAUUGAGAAAGUCUGUCCAGCUGUCUGUGAUGUCUGUUGUUGAUGAACUCCAAGAUCUCGUCAACCAAAUCAUCAAAAAUGUGGGCAAGGGGUCUUCUGCCCAGCUCUUUGCCACUGGUAGUGUGUGGGAAUGUUGCGAUCACUUUUCAAGACUUCCAAAAGACAACAAGGAAGCAGUGCUACUGAUCAUCAGAAACACUUCAAGUCUUGUUCAAGAUGCAUUGCAGGAAAUUGAGGAGGCCAGAGACAACGAUGCAGGUAUAACAUCACUAGAUCAGCUACAGAUAGAGGACUCAGAGCACCCAGACAACAGGGAGCAGUGCUGGACAGAGUCUGACAAGGCCCUGAUGGCGCCCUGUCUGGGAUUGGUCAAGGCCACCAAGGCCUGUCUGAAGAAAAUCUCGGGCGCCGUGAAGACUUGUGGAAAAUGUGACACUCUGGAGAGAAUAGCACAGCUGGAUGACACGGCAGAUGUGGUGAAUCAAACAAGUCCACAUGUUGAUGAUACAGUGUUGUCACUAUAUCCACCCAUGGACCACUCUGCAGUUAGAACAAACGCCUUAGCACUAUCUGGAGUACUAAAGAAUGCUUUGGAUAUGGCAAAGUCCUCACAUUUCACCUCGGAGGCUGACUCAUCAUGGCUGCAGUUCCUACAGAACGCCGUGGAUCAUAACAUAGACAAAGUCAGGAACCUUACACAGGACCACAACUCUUCAUGAU